AUGUUUGGUGCUGGAGGUAAGAUAAUUAUGAAGCAACAAAAUAAUUAUGCACUUAUCAACUGAAAGCCGACCCCCCACCCCCGGGCCAAGGUGGGGGAACAAAGGGUGUUUGAUAAAAUUUGACAGCUUUUUUUGCCGUUGGGGGCUGGGGAUUUCUCAAGAUUUGCCAUGUUUUAUUUUUCUCCUACAGGACUGUAGGUGGGGGCUUUAAAAGUUUAAGUGCCCCCUCAUGGGGGUUAAUCACCAUUGUAGUUGACAUGAAGUCAAAUCCCCACCCUGUUCUGGGGGUGGGGGAGGGGGGAUUUCAGUUGAUAAGUGCAUAAACAAUAAGUUGGUCAGCAGCUAUGAUUUUAGCAGUGCAGUGUAACAUAAUAGGGUUAAGAAUGCUGGAGUAGAAUGUGGUGUAGCUUGCACACCAGAUUACAAUCAAAAGAUUAUAAUAAACAAUGCUGUGAUCUUAGAAAUUUUUCUUUUGUUGGGGCGGGGGGAGAGAAAUAUGCUGGAGUAGAAUGUGCAUAGUGCAUAUUCUAAACACAGUGGUAUUCAUGGCAUUAACAAUUUCUGAAUCAAAGACAUGAAAUUCCCAUAAAAUUCCGAAAAUAAGGCCCGGGGCUUAUAUUUUUCAAAGGCCCUUUUUGAGGGGCUUAUAUUAAUUUGGAGGGGCUUAUAUACGGGAGGGAAAUUUGCAUUUCAAAAUCGAUUGGGCUAGCCUUAUAGUUGGAAGUAAAUUAACCGUUUUUGCUUUGUUUUAUUUUGUAUUAGAGGGCAAUUUUCCAAGUAAAAGCCCCUGGGGGGGGGCUUAUAUUUGGAGGGGCUUAUACAUGGAGGGGCUUAUUUUCGGAAUUGUACGGUAUCUUUAAAUCUGUGGUUGACUGAGUACUAUCUGCAAAGGGUGCAUGUAAUACAUUGGCUUGACUGUGGUGUAGGUUGCAUACCAGAUUACAAUCAAAAUUAUAAUAAACAAGGCUAUGCUCUAAGAAAAAAAAUUCGGGGAGCCCAAAACACUAACCCUUUGACAUUCUGGCUGCCCAGCAUAGUAAUUUCGGGCAAAAACUAAGAUUGCCUUCUUGCCGAAAAGCAACAGUAAGUCACCGGGGGCCUCUGAGGACUGCUAGAGUACAGCCCUAAUAAACAUAAUACAGACUUUCCUUGUUUCUAUGACACAGAUCCCUUUGCCAAGCAAAGAAAAGUCUAUUUCAAAGAUGACAAAAUUCCAUUUGAUGGAGUACCAUUCAGUAUAAUUGGCACCAAGGUAUUUGACUGCCAACAUGGACCAGACAGGAAAAAGUCAUUUAAAGCGAGACAUUCUGAAGAGAAGUUAUGUUGGUUAUGACUAAAAAAUAUCUGCAUUUUCAUUUCACAGCCACAGCCUUUUUGGUGCUUUUAGCACUAAACUAUAAGGAAUCUAUAACAUUAAUCUUCUAACUACUGGUUGAUGAUCACUCAUUCAAAAGGAGGAGGUUUCUACCUCAAGACACAAUGAAGUUUGGCUGCCCUGCAAGUAUUCGUUUAUCAGAAGUCAUAAAGUAUUGCAAGUACAAGGUACAAACCACCAUCACAAUACUGAUAAUAGCAAUUGACAUUAUACUUCCGCUCAGUAAAAUACAUCCCUUCAUUUCAUAACUUAUUACUGUCUUUUAACUCUAUUAGAUCAGGGAUGACACAGAAAGACUAAGACGGGACAUGUCCAAAAAGCUGAAGACUGAUAUAACCAGCGGACAGAAACCCCAAGUGGAACGCAGAAUUUAUAUCCAAUUACCAAAGGGGGAUGAACACAAAGAUCACAUCACUGGAGAGGUCUGUUGAUGUCAAUGGAAAGAACUGGGACACUACCUUAACUUGAGGACAAUAAUAUUAACUUUUGUUUUUGGCUCUUUUUGUUUGAGUAAUAGUUGAAGGCUUAGGGAAAAACACUUUGAAUGGGUGGGACAAGAGUUGAGUCAUUUUCAUAUAAACCUUCUAGUUUUUGAUGUAUAAAUCAUUAUGGUAAUUAUAGUUUCGGACAGGUAUUACUUUCCUAUGAAAAGGCAAGAAGGCAUGUGAAAGAAAGUCAAGUCAGACCUUCCACUCAAAGGCUAGGUCACAAAGUACAACAGGUGUAUGGGUGGCUACAUGCUAAGUAGUGUUAACAAUCAUAGCCUAGGUCUGUAAAUGAAGUAAUGAUCAUGACAAAAGGUCCAAGUAGUGUCUAGGACUAAAAUAGAAGCUGAUAAAAAAUGAACAAAAUUGUCUAGGAAUUAUUAUUUCAACUGAUUUGUUGCUAUUCUAUCCAAAUAAUUUGUUUUUUGAAUGUUGUUGUUGACAGAAGUGACAUUUCAUUCAUUUCAUGUAAGUGUACAUCGUACCAGCAGUGCCUACAACUAUCAGCAUGACUGUCAAAAUAUUUCUGUCAAAAAUGUAAUUCCAUUUUCAUUUUUCUCCUCAUGUAUCAAACAACCAGAUUGGUGGCAUUCUGCAGCCCAUUGACAAAUGGCUUGUAGACAAGAUUGGAGAGCUUGUUGGCGAAGGUGUGAAAACUCUGGACGAAAUGAAAAGACAUCUUAGGCAAUUCGUAAAAACUGAACUAUUUCCAGGGCAAUCUCCACCAGCAUCAACAAACAGGCGCUAUUAUCCAACAGAUGUGGACAUCAGGAACCACAUGUAUCAGGCAUCAGUGAAAAAAAUCCUGUCCAAAUCUGAUUAG